AUGAACGGCACCAAUCAGCCUUCUACACCUCCACCUCGCCAAAGGGUCUUGCCCCCUCGCUGCAUACAUCCCAACAGCGCCUCGCCUCCUCCUGAUCCUCCUCCAUACACCAGCAACGACAGCAACAGCAACAACGACCCCUUCGUCGGCCCUGGAGGCCUCGAAAGCGUCAACCACCUGAUCGUCUCCGCCCGCCUACCCCUCCUCACCGCCACCAUCGCCCCUAUGCGCGAAGAAGUCGAGCUUCUGCGUUUGCUCGCAGCACAAAACAUCGAUUCUAGGAUCAGGGAGGUUAUCGAGGGUGUAGCGGCUAGAAUUGUGUUUCAAUUGAAUAGGUUGGAGAGUGAAGCUGAGAGGCUCAAGGCUGACAUCUUUGGACCGAUGCCUGAGGCUCGUGAUGACUACUACCGAGACUAG